UUUAAUGAAAUCAAUUGUAAAAAUAUCGAAUGUAUAUAAACAUGUUUUGCUUUUUGCAACAUUAAAAAUAAAUUUAGUAAAUUGCACGAUGGCGAAAACAAUUUUCUUAUUAGCGAUAACUCUCACAAUAUGCGUUUCCUAUUUGUCCGCUCUUAUGGAUCCAACGAAAAUACCUGGUUUUGAAGAAUGCAUAAAAUCAUCAGGAGCUACUGCUGAAGAAUUAAUGAAGAGUCCGGUUGUUUUGAACCAUAACGUGUUUUGUUUCUUUAAAUGUACCCAUGAGAAGAAAGGAUCGCUUGAUGCAGACGGGAACGUUGUAGUAGAUAAUUUUAUAGAAGGAGCCAAGAAGCACAUGACGCUGAGUGCUGAUCAAGAAAAAUCUCUGACCGAUUGCCUCGAGGCGGUAGGAAAGAUUAGCGCCUGCGAAGAUGUUGAAAAAAUUGCGAAAUGUAUAAUGCCAAUAAAAUGAGAGUGAAAAAUAUAUCCGAAUAUUAUGUAUUAUGUUGAAUAUUAAAGUUUUUUUGUUAUUAAAAAUGAUAAUUUCCUGUUUAA